UCCUGCGCUGGGACGUGACGUCACCGCUGUCAUCGAGCCGCCAAGUUCUUUUCUGUCCCACGUUUCAUGGGCAUCAAGUUUACCACUUUGAACGAGUGCUAAAAUUUCGCCAAAAUGAAGAUCGGCCUGUGCGCGUUCAGCGGAUUCAAAAUUUACCCCGCCAGCGGUAAAACACUGGUCAAAGCCGAUGGCAAGACCUUCACCUUCAUCAACAAGAAAUGCGAGCGUUCCUUCCUGAUGAAGCGCAACCCGCGCAAGGUGAAAUGGACCGUGCUGUACAGAAGGAAGCACAAGAAGGGCAUCGUCGAGGAGGCCACCAAGAAGCGCUCCCGCCGCACCCAGAAGUUCCAGCGCGCCAUCGUCGGUGCCUCCAUCACCGACAUCAUGGCCAAGCGUAACAUGAAGCCGGAGGUGCGCAAGGCCCAGCGGGACCAGGCCAUCAAGGUCGCCAAGGAAGCCAAGAAGGCCAAGCAGGCCGAGAAGAAGGUGACGAAGGCGCCGGCCGCGAAACAGCAAAAGACCAAGGCCGCCAAGGUGUCCCAGAAGGCUGCCCCACGCGUCGGAGGCAAGCGAUAAGGCGGUCGUUGAGUGGUGAACCUUGCGCGCGCGUGUGUUCAGCUUGCUGAAGUCGGAGGAUUAAAUACAAAGAAAAUAAACAAAAAAAAAACUCUACAUAAAAAUUAA